AUGACUGGCCAGUCACCCCGGUCACCAUCCCUAAUCGAGCGUAUCAACAUAGAGACAGAGAAGUGUUUGACAGUCCUUAACAAAUUACCACGACCGGCCCAAAGAAACGCACGUGCAUUGCACGCUGUUGAGGCCAAGCUCGCCGCGGCAGAGACAGAAGAAGAAUGCCAAGCUUUCCGAGCGGAGAGGAGACGGCUCAUUCGUGAGAGAGAGUCUGGUCUGAAAGAAGCGACAAGGGACUGGCACGACGAAACUAAUGAUGUCGUGGAGGACCUGGUCACUACCUUACUCAAACCCAUUCUGAGGGAAAUCGAAUCUCACAUCGCUAAGAGUAGCCGUGAUACUGCUCAAAUCGACACCCCCAGCGGGGUUGAUCAAGUUGCAAUCUCGCGUACACCGACAAUGCCAGCGACCCCGGUGCCUGAGACCAACCAAGCACAAGGCCCAUCCGUCGACUCCACCAUCCUUGCUGCCGACCAGCCAACCAACAAGAGAAAGGCGAGUCCCAGUCGCCCACCUGCUCCGAAAAGACAACGACGCGGGCUCGAGAAGAAUACCAUAACAUUUGCCGAAGUCUUCCGUAACGGCAAGGCGCCCAUCAAACGCAUCAUCGUACAGUAUCCUCCAGAUUACGGCCAGUGGUACAUCAUACGAUGCCGGAGGCACAAUAUCAACUUCAAGGAGAACCCUCUCAAAGCAGCAUCACGCCACAUCUGCCAGAGCAAGCAUCCCAAUAUGCCACGGAACUAUGUAUCAGUCAUCAAGAUGAUGGGAUAUCGGGUCGUGAAUUGUGAUGAGGACCUCGCCGAGCAGAACAAUGCUGUCGCCAGAGAGGCGUUUGGAAUUCGCAGCCAACCUCCUUCUGCGGAUAGCAUUGAGGUGGGGUAUGAUACUAUCGCCCCCGCGCCCGAGAGACCAUUGCGUGAUGAUGACGGCGACUAUGAAGAAGAAGGUGGUGGUGAAUUCACACCUCAGACCAGCAGCUCAGCUCGACGUCGGAGCAUCAUGGCAAUCACUGAUCCGACAGCCGGGGAAGUCUAUCAAGUCUACUGGAGAAUGCUGAAAAAAUGGACCGCGGCAAUCGUCCUCCCACUUGAGAACCUCGAAAGAUUUGGUGUCAAAGACUCGAUCGAAAGCCUAGGGCUGCUCAAGAGCCUCCCUUCAUGUUAUACGUACGACUCCUUGGCCAAGACGUUCCAGUGGAGCGAAGGGUACGAGGCCGGAGGUAAAUAUAUCUCUAAGCGAGAGUUUCCCGUCAUGUUCUUCAAUGGCGCACCAUUUCCUAACAUGAGCGAGGUUGCUUGGGUCCCAGCCAAGGAUUUGAACCCUCCUGAGAUAUGCGCGCUGGAGCCUGUCGUUCAAAGGCAGGUUCUGGACUUUCUGGCGGCUAAAGAGGCUGGGCAAGAGGGAGUUGUCGAAGACGAGUCAGAAGAGAGAAGUGUCGAAGAGGAGUCGGAAGAUAGAGGCGUUGAAGAGGGGCCAGAAAGAGCGAAUUCCAGGGAAGAAGAAAAUCCUUGCCAAACGAUCCAGCAGAACGGGGCCCUUCAGCCGUCGGCUCAGACUGUCCCCAUGGACGAGGAGGCAACAGAAACCUCACAGCCAGCCCGGAACGUGGAAUCCAGUGUUACCGCACCCAUAGUCAUUGACCUGACUGGGGAAGACUCAGAGGAGGACGAAGAAUCUGCCCCGGAUAAGGAUACCCCAUCGGGUGAGGAACGGCCGGCGAAUUCUGCUAUUGACGAAGCUAUUACGGACGAGGAACUAGUAGCUGCGGAAGAUCUCUCUCAAGCGGAACCUGAAAAUAGGAACCCUUCCAUGGACACAGCGCCCAGCACCAACACCAUAAUUACGGAUCCACCAACACCUGUGGUGGCUCAGUCGCUAGUUGCUGACCAGGAAAGCAUCCUUGGCCUUCAGCCGACGCCUUCAAUGACCCCGGAGGCGACUUUAGUCGCGCAGCUCGCAUGCAGAAUGGUAGACCAGGGAGACAAGAGCAUCGAGCUUCAACAUAUGCCGAGACGGGCAGAUGCAGAGCUGGCCUUGCAACACUCUCACCCCGAGAGACCACAGGAAACCCUUCAUAUCACACAGAGCUCACCAAAUGUCCACAGGGAUGAAAGACUCUAUCCCAUGACUCCUGUGAUUCAGGACAGGCCGAGACAGACGCAUUCAGUCCACCCCAUCCCUCGGCCACAGACCGUGGGCCCAAGUCCAGGGCGGUUGCCUGAGCUAAGGGUCCAAACGAACCACCAAGAGAAGUCCGCCUGCCGAUUGCCAUCAAUUCAGAAUCUACUCGAAGGCCCUAAAAUGGGUAGCUUGGGUAAUAGUCAGCUCGGAACAGCGCUCCAGUCCCCCAUGAUGACACCAAGCCCAUACACUCCAGGAUCCUCUAUCCCCAACCAUCUGCGCCCUGAUGAAACACCAGCGCACCCGACAUGGGUCAUGACGUCGCCCCAGCUCACACCUCAAGCGACUUCUUUCCGCAGCUGGAAUUGGCUUUCGUGCUUCACCCAACCCAUUGCGGAACAACUUCAACUAGCAAGCGGAUCACCUGCCCCUGCAAGUCCCAGAGAUUUCAUGGACCAUAUGGGUCGCUUGCAAUGUCCAUUUUGCAGGAUUCAUGUGUUGCAGCUUGAUCAUUUCACUCAGCACUUGCAACACCCAUGCUGA